AGCCGACCAAUGUCUGCACCCGCAGACGUGGACGCGUCUACUAGCGUGUACGCGCAUGAGCCAAGAUCUCUGGACUUUCUUUGCUGGAACACGAACCGCCGCCUCCCAGAAUGCUUUGCAUGGGGACGUGCGUCUGACGUCACGUAUACAGAAAAUUCAAAAUGGCUGCACGCGGUAGAAUGUGAAAGUUUCCCGCGUGAAGCCGUGGAGCUCGAGAUCCUGUUUACUGUGGACUAGCUGUGUGUGACGCCAUGUUGUUUUUGUUUACAUUAAAAAAAAAAGCUCCACCGUCUCGCCGAGUGCCAGCAAGAGUCAUGAGUACUUGUCAACUCGACUCCUCAACUGGAGAUAACUUUCUAGCACCUCACCAUGGGGAAGGAUGUAUUCAUAUGCCUUCACCAGCACAUGCAUUAAACAUGCAGAGAGUUACACAAGUUCUUACCACCUUGGGGCACCAUUCAGGGUGCCUUUUCAUCUGAUUAAAUUUAUAAUGAACAGGGACAUUGCGGUUGUCCCAAGUGGAUGGUAUGAUGAUAGGAUGGUUUUCUGGCCCAGCUAUAAAAACACCGACAGAAUUGAAAGGGCCGCUUUAAAUGAGGAGCAGCAUGAGCCAAACUGGCCAAGAUUUGACGUUUCUGUUGUCCGAACUUGUGACAACUACAAAGACGCAUUAAAAAUAAUGCAACAAUAUGGAAAGGGCUGCAACACCUCAGACCUGCAAUCUGAGGCAGAGAACGAGGAGCUGCCAGAAAAAAGGAACAGGAAGCCAGUCCGUCGUCUCGGGGACUCAGAUGAUAGCGAAGAAGACCCGGGAAAUAGUGACCUCACAUCUCUGGGGUUGGCAAGCCAAUUGCACAGGCAGACUCCACCGUCUCGCCGAGUGCCAGCAAGAGUCAUGAGUACUUGUCAACUCGACUCCUCAACUGGAGAUAACUUUCUAGCACCUCACCAUGGGGAAGGACGCAUUCAUAUGCCUUCACCAGCACCUGCAUUAAACAUGCAGAGAGUUACACAAGGAACGGCAGUCCCUCCUCGACUCCCUCCACCCCCCUCACCAGCAGCCCUCAACAUGUGGCAGACAGAGGAGCCUGGAUCCAGCCUGGCCUACAGGCCAACAUGGCGAGGGGAAAGAAUGGCCGACAACAUUUCCUGCUCUGCGCCUGAGGUAAUCCACAUCCUUAGCCUGCUGGAAACUAUUAAGCACAACCAAGACCAGCUGAUUGCGAAGCUGCUUUAUGAGACAGUCCCCAUCCUGUCCAAACAAAACAGCCAAGAAUCAGACGCCUCUCAGUCAGCGAGCAGCAUGGCAGACUCUUUGGGCAGGCUGUGCUACGUCCCUGCAAAGACGUCUCCUCAAAGGGUCAGAGAGCGCGGAAAGUGGGCCAGCAAGACGGAGUUCAUCCUGUCAGUGGCAGGUGCCAUCAUUGGACUUGGCAACAUUUGGAGGUUUCCAUAUUUGUGCUACAAGAACGGCGGUGGAGCGUUCCUCAUUCCUUACAUCCUGUUCCUUGGAACCUGCGGUAUUCCUUUAUUUAUUCUGGAGACAGCUCUGGGCCAGUACACCAGUCAAGGGGGAAUCAUGUGCUGGAGGAAGAUCUGCCCCUUGUUCGAAGGCAUCGGAUACGCCAGUCAGCUGAUCAUUUUCUAUGGAUGUAUCAGCUACAUUGUCAUUUUAGCCUGGGCCUUUCUCUACCUUUUCUCUUCUUUCUCUGGAGAGUUGCCAUGGGCAACUUGUGAUAACACAUGGAACACAGACGCUUGCGUGGUAUUGAGCAACUAUACCGCCAACUGGACGUCCUCUAUGAACAUAUCGUCGUCUGUUGUAGAGUUUUGGCGACGACGGGUGCUAAAUAUAUCCCCUGGCAUCGAGGUUUUAGGAAACAUCCAAUGGGAGCUUUCUCUGUGCCUUCUCCUUGCUUGGAUCAUCUGCUAUUUUUGCAUCUGGAAGGGAGUACGAUCCACCGGGAAGGCGACUUACGUCACAGCGACUUUCCCCUUCGCCAUGUUGGUGGUGUUGUUUAUCAGAGGAAUGACGCUUCCUGGAGCCAUGCUUGGCAUCAAGUACUACCUGUACCCCAAUCCUGCACGCCUGGCUGACCCGCAGGUGUGGAUGGAUGCUGGUACCCAAAUAUUCUACUCCUAUGCUUUAUGUUUGGGAUGUCUGACCACGCUUGGGAGCUACAAUAAGUACAACAACAACUGCUACAGGGACUCCUACUUGCUUUGCUUGCUCAACAGUGGGACCAGCUUCCUUGGUGGAUUCGCCAUUUUCUCUGUUUUGGGAUACAUGUCCCAAAAACAGGGUGUGGACAUCGCCUCAGUAGCCGAGUCUGGUCCAGGUCUUGUCUUCAUCGUUUACCCCCAAGCUGUUAGCCUCCUGCCAUGGCCCCAGCUCUGGUCUGUGUGCUUCUUCACCAUGAUCAUCAUGUUGGGAAUCGAUGGCCAGUUUGCUGGCCUUGAAAGCAUCAUGACCUCCUUGACGGAUAUCUACCCAUCCCAGAUCCAAAAAGGAUACCGCAGAGAGUUUAUUUUAUUGCUCAUCUGUGUCUUUUGUUAUCUGUUUGGCCUCUUCUUGGUGUCGCAGGCUGGCUCAUACAUUCUGCAGAUUUUUGACCAUUAUGUCUGCAGUGGUCCCGCACUUCUUUUGAUGGCAAUCUUCCAGUCAGUGGUUAUUGGAUGGAUUUAUGGUGCUGAACGCUUCACUGACAACAUCGAGGACAUGAUCGGCUACAAACCUGUACCUCUGAUCAAGUACAGCUGGCUCUAUGCUACCCCUCUCAUAUGCAGUGGGACGCUUGUGUUCGUGCUGCUGAAAUACACCCCACUCAUGUUCAACAACUCCUACGUGUACCCGUGGUGGGCCUAUUGGAUCGGUUGGUUUCUGGCCUUGUCUUCACUCUGUUUGAUUCCAAUCACCAUGAUCUGCAAACUAGCCAAUGGAAAGGGUACUGUCUGGCAGCGCAUCAAGACCAGCUGCCAGUGUGCGGACGACCUGCCCAUGAUGGCGAAGGAGAUGGCAAACCUUCGCAUCGCACUGAAUGUUCACGAUGAUGGCAAAAACAGUAAUAUUCGAUAAAGUAGCAAUCAUUAUUUAAUGUCAUCUUCAAAACAUAGUAAAUGUACAUUUUUAUCACAUUAACUAAUAUAUAUGAGUAUCUGCUGGCAAUUUCUAUGCAGUUUUUUUUAUAUCGCUGACCCACAAGUCAGAAAGUCAUGGCAAAGUGAAACUAUGAGAUAUCAAUUUUUAUACUAUGCAUUAGGGGUGUACCCAUACAACUUGUUUACUUUAGAUACGACACCGAUAUUGCAGCAUUGACUAUUGGACGAUACCGAUAUCGAGCGGAUAUGAUAUCAACACAAUUAAUACAUACUUUUUACUUAUUUUGUAGUUUGGAAUGUUAGAAAGUAUUGUUUUGAUCACGUGUGCUCUGCAUGCUGGAUAGAAUACUUGAGCGGAGUCUGGAAUGGACUGCAUACCGUUUAGAUGUAAUAUGUUCUUUUUUUACACUUUUGAGUCUCAUUUGCAAGUAUGCAUUCAUUUUAGUUUCUCCGAGGUGUGUUGGCGGAGCCAGGAAGUAGUCUUUGCCAUUAAGUUGAAUGUGCCAGCCCUGUAUUUUGUUGAGCCCGACAAAGCGUUUAUACCCUAAGUAUUUUACUUAUUACUUUGUUGAUUAUAACCUACAUCUUAGAUGGGGUUUGGAUUGACAAGUUUUGAGGUGUGGAAAAUCGCUAUGUAAAAUCAAUAUUGCCAAUUAUUAGCAUGUAUAUGGCAUAUACACUGUAAAUUAGGAUCGAGCUACCCCAUUUGUUUUAAUUUAUUUAUUUUAUGUUGGAAUAUUGCAGAAGUUAUUUUGAAUCUCAUAUAAGUUAUAUAGGCAUACUUUAAUUUUGUACGUUCAAGUCAUCAGUAUUUUGAAGUAAAAAUUCUAACUCUAAGCUAGCCAUAAAAGAUGUUCGCGGGAGCAAAAUAGACUGCUUGUAUCGGACAUUUUAAAUGCAGGUCGAUUGAAUCCGAUACCUGUUUUUUGCUGAUAUAGGAACGAUAUCAGUAUCGGAUCAGGACACCCCAACAAUGCGUGGUAAUAUAACUGUAUCGCUUAUUUCACCAUCUACUUUUUUCCUAACGCAUACUGUAUAUUCCAUCUGUAUUUCAUUACGUUGCCGCAUUAUUUGCUCUAAAUUGCCCCGCCAUCUCAGAUUUAGCUGUUACUUCACACAUUGGCUACUCAACUGCAGAGAGUACCUGGCAUCUAUUAGAGGUAGUUCUUUCUUUGUACAAGUGCCUUAUUUUUAUAAUAAUGUACAAUCAUAGUUGUCAUUGUUUUUUCCACUAAUAGUGAUACUUCUUAAAAUUGAAUUUGAAGUAAAUUAUGCAUAAUAAUACAUUCAAUAUAAUAUAUAUCGUAUUGAUCCGAAUAUAAGAUGACACUGAAUAUGAGAUGACCUGUCUUUUUUGAGACUAAAAAACAUUUUUAAGAUUUUGUUUUGUAGCAAUAAUGUUGGCCCUACGAUGAGGUGGCGACUUGUCCAGGGUGUAUCCCGCCUUCCGCCCGAGUGCAGCUGGGAUAGGCUACAAGAGGGGGACAAGCGGUAAAAAAAGGAUGGAUUUUCAUAUCAGAGAAAUAACAAGUGGUAGAUUGCAAUAAAAGGGCUAUCAUAUUUCUUAGCAGCUGGACUUUUUAAAGUAUUUUAAAGCAUAAUUUAAAAUUAGCAUUUUUACUUCUCUUCUGUUGUUUGCUCACUUGCUAACAACCUUCACAACACUUGUUUUGCUGUUUGAGUGAGUGGCGAAAGAAAAGCUCUGACUUGAUCGGGAAGAAGUAAUUUAGCACCCCCUGUUGGUAAGCAUGUGUAGACCUUGCAUAUAGGACAGACCUGGACAAAUUAAGGCCCGGGGCUUAAAUUUAAGAUUUUCAAUAUGGCCAGCCAGACAUUCCCAAAUAUUUUUUUUAGAUCUUUAAGAUGGAAACUGUAGCUGCCAUUAUGAUGUGCAGUGAUGUUUUCAAAUGACCGUAAGUCUUGAACUAUACAAAGUAUUUCAAUGGUUGGAAAUUGCGCUUUUGCAUGAAUUACUAGUUGCUAAGGUAAUCUAAUUAGUUACUAAGGUAAUCAAAUUAGUUACUAUGGUAAUCUACGUCACAGCAGCUCAGACGAGGCACCAAGCAGUGUGGGUGGGGAGCGUUUCCACAGAGUGUUUCCAGAGCGAUAAUAUAUAUAUACAUAUACAGUAUAUAUUUUCUAUUUUUUAAAUCGGUUCUUGGAAUUUAUGAAUCAAUUAAAAAACGAUAUAAACAAGAAAUGUGAUUCUCCCCCAAUAAAUUAGCCUAAAGACGGGUGCUCCAAUAAUGUUUUCACAUCUGAAUCACGACUCUUAUUUAUUCCGAUUUUAAAUCGAUUAAUAACUUUGUAGAAUUUUUUUUUGUUCUUUUUAAGAAUUUUUAGGCUAUCUGUAAUUUAUAUACCAAAUAAUCUAUUACAAAAAUCGAUUUGAAUCGAAUCAUCAGCCCAGGAAUCGGAAUUGAAUCGGGAGUUGUUGUAAGAGUCCCAUCCCUAAUGGUUAGCAGUUUUAUUUUAUUUUCCUCAGCUUUACAGAUGCCAUGUGUGCCCUUGAAGAUGCGCGCUUAAGACAUCUGAUAGUAAAGAUAAUCAAUAACGUUGUUUUCCUUUUCUGAGGAGUGGGGGGGAGGGGGUGCUUGAGGUGCGGAGUUUAGUUAUUUAAGUGGACGCACUCUGCGAUUAUUGGUGCUCGGCGUCCACUAGGCCACUGUUGGAAGGAAAUUCAGCAGACAUAAAUGUGCAGUGUGGUGGCGUAAGCUUGUUUUUUUACAGUGGUUUUUUUUAGUGUGCAUUUUUUGAAAAAAAAAAAAAAGACCCAACAUUUUCUGCCCUGCCAGAGCAGCCCUUUCGUAUUUGCGGCAUGGCAACACUUGGCUUCCUUCCCCUGCACCGUCUGCUUAGUUAAGUCGGCCUCUUGCUGGGCGUCACUGUGCCAGUUUGGACAUUUACGCUUCAUUUCCAUUUUGGCACCUUUCCGCUCACGCUGCCCGGACAUUUUAGGCCGCCAGCCAAGCAGCACGCAUGACCUCAUCAUCACCAAACACAUCAACUCAACAUUUGGCAAAGAUUGUAUUUAAGCGAGCAUUAAUACGAUUUCAGCUGAGAGGGAAAAGAUCUCUCGGUUUUUUUUACUUCUCAGGGAAAUGCAGGAAAGUUUUGUUGUGAUUUUGUUUCUCCCCUGGUAGCAUAGCAUGCCGCUAAAUAACUUCUCAAGUCAGGAGAGUCAAUAAACAGCCAGGUUAGAAGUAUUUGAUCCCCUACCAACUUGAAGCAUUCCAAUGUGCCCAUGAAAUGAAGUCAGGAUGGCCCGAUUCCACUUUCUGUCCGAUACCACUUUUGCAACAUUGUAUAUCUGCCGAUACAUGUACCAUAAGGUACCUUCUAUAGAUUUAUAUGAAUGUACAGUGCUACUGUACUCCGGUUUUUGUUAGUAAUCUGUUUUAAAACCCGAAUUGUACGAAAAACAAAGCAACUUUUCUCCCAAAAGAAAUAAUUGGUUCCAGACACCAGAAGACAAAACAGUAUAAUUAUAGUUUUACAUGAAGAAAACAAUGCAAAACACAUUUUAAUGAUUAAUUAAAUCACUGGAACCUUUAAUGAAGACUUGCUGGGAAAGUCACGUAGACGCCAUUUUUCUACUUUUCUACAAAUUCUUUCUUGAAUUAAACAGUGUUUCUUAGGGGUAAGAAUUUUCAUGUUGAAUCUCAGUCGUUAGAUUUAGCCCAUAGUCGACGAUCGGCUUACGUUUUUUUUCUUUGCUUGCAUCCAUAUAGCAUGAAUUCUAGCAAGAGCACAGCGAGCAUGUGGGACUUUUUCUACCACAAAAAAACUAAAACUCUCAGAUGAACAAAUAAACACAGCAGAGAUCAAAAAGUUCACUGAGGUCCUCAGAUCAGCGGGGUCAGCUUUGGUUCUAAAACUUGACGAUGUAGAGCGGGGUGUCUCCGCGGGGCUAUUUACAGCCCGCAGCUCCAUUUUUAUUGGCCCGCCACAUAUUCUAAAUACAAAAUAAUCAUGUCCCGGAUUAGAACGUUACACACAAAAAAUAAAUUUCCCCCAAAAAUGGGACCUGAAAACCAAAAUGGCCGACGACCUGUGCAUCUUACAGUUCUUUCAUGUUUUCCGUAUGUCCUGUCAUGAUGAACAUGUGUACCACUUUUUUGCAAGAGAUGCUAAGUUUUCGAUUGUGUUAAAGCCCUCAAAAAAGUUUUACAAACCCAAAACCAGUGAAGUUGGCACGUUGUGUAAUUCGUAAAUAAAAACAGAAUACAAUGAUUUGCAAAUCCUUUUCAACUUAUAUUCAAUUGAAUAGACUGCAAAGACAAGAUAUUUAAUGUUUGAUUUUUUUUUUGCAAAUAAUCAUUAACUUAGAAUUUAAUGGAUGUAACACAUUGCAAAAAAGUUGUCACAGGGGCAUUUUUAUCACUGUGUUACAUGGCCUUUCCUUUUAACAACUCUCAGUAAACGUUUGGGAACUGAAGAGACCAAUUUUUUAAGCAUUUCAGGUGGAAUUCUUUCCCAUUCUUGCUUGAUGUACAGCUUUAGUUGUUCAACAGUCCGGGGUCUUCGUUCUGUAUUUUAGGCUUCGUAAUGCGCCACACAUUUUUAAUGGGAGACAGGUCUGGACUACAGGCAGGCCAGUCUAGUACCCGCACUCUUUUACUAUGAAGCCACGCUGUUGUAACAUGUGGCUUGGCAUUGUCUUGCUGAAAUAAGCAGGUUACUUAACGUUGCCUGGAGGGCAGCAUAUGUUGCUCCAAAACCUGUAUGUACUUUUCAGCAUUAAUGGUGCCUUCACAGGUGUGUAAGUUACCCAUGCCUUGGACACUAAUACACCCCCAUACCAUCACAGAUGCUGGCUUUUGAACUCUGCGCCUAUAACAAUCCGGAUGGUCCUUUUCCUCUUUGUUCCCGAAGACACGACGUCCACAGUUUCCAAAAACAAUUUGAAAUGUGGACUCGUCAGAACACUUUUGCAUUUUGCAUCAGUCCAUCUUAGAUGAGCUCGGGCCCAGCGAAGCCGGCAGCGUUUCUGGGUGUUGUUGAUAAAUGGCUUUGUCUUUGCAUGGUAGAGUUUUAACUUGCACUUACAGAUGUAGUGAUGAAUUGUAGUUUCUGACAGUAGUUUUCUAAAGUGUUCCUGAUUCCAUGUGGUGAUAUCCUUUACACACUGAUGUCGCUUUUUGAUGCAGUGCCGCCUGAGGGAUCGAAGGUCACGGGCUUAGCCGCUUACAUGCAGUGAUUUCUCCAGAUUCUCUGAACCUUUUGAUGAUAUUACGGACCGUAGGUGGUGAAAUCCCUAAAUUCCUUGUAAUAGCCCCAUCCUUAUUUGUGGAUGACUGAGCAUUGAAACUGCUUUUAUACCCAAUCAUAAGACCCACCUUUUACCAAUUAGCCUGUUCACCUGUGGAAUGUUCCAAAUAAGUGUUUGAUGAGCAUUCCUCAACUUUCUCAGUCUUUUUUGCCAUAUGUGCCAGCUUUAUUGAAACAGGAUGCAGGCAUCACAUUUUAAAUGAGCUAAUAUUCGCAAAAAAUAACAACGUUUUCCAGUUCGAACAUUAAAUAUCUUGUAUUUGCAGUGUAUCUAAUUGAAUAUACGUUGAAAAGGAUUAGCAAAUCAUUAUAAUCUGUUUUUAUUUACGAUUUACACAACGUGCCAACUUCACUGGUUUUGGGUUUUGUAGUUGGAGCUAUAAUAAUAAUGAUAAUUAGAUAGGCUCAUGCCCCCCCACCCCUCCCCCCUGACCCAGAGAGGGACAAGCGGGAGAAAAAUGGAUGGAUGGAUAGAAAAAAAAAAUUGUAAUUAAAUUAAAUUGAUCUAAAAAAAAAAACAACUUUACCCACUUGCUCCCAGGGCCACCCACACUGGUUUAAAAAUGUAACUUAGAUAUUGGGUUUCACAAUGUAAAGCGCUUUGAGUCACUAGAGAAAAGCGCUAUAUAAAUUCAUAAUAAUUCACUUCACUUCACUUCACAAUUCUUAGGCAAAGUGCUUUACUUUACUGUAUAAAAGUACAAGAAGAUGGAUAAAAUAAUAAAUAUAUUACAUACGUUACUUUGAAAAAAACCAUCAUGCUAUUAUGAAACAAAAAAACAUUUGUUACCGUGGCGUACCAAUAAAUGUUAAAGGCAGCCACACUGGAGAACAGUCCAAAAUUCCAAGGCAGAAGAUAAUUGAUGAUCUCAAUGGAGCAGGAAAGAAAAGCUGUCAUGGAUUAAGGGGGUAUAUGUAGGAAAUCAGCAGGGGAUCAAGUACUUCUUUGCCCCCACUGUAAUGUGGAUGCUGUUGCCCAGGAAAAGAAUCCAGGCCGAGCUGAGAAAGUAAGAACAAGUCGCCACACACUUCAUGUUUGGUUGUACAAUCAUGCAGGCCAUGAAUCAACGUGUGCCCAAAAAAUUACUCAGAGUGUAUUAUUUUAUUUUAUCAAACCAGUCUUUUAUAUCACAUGACAGCUCAGAUGGCGUGAGGAGCUUGGUUAUGGAGUGAUGUGCCGCACAUUUUCAAAAUGAAAAGUUUUAAGCGUGAACAUCUUUAACGUAUUCUAAAAUAAUAAUAAUAAUAAAGCUGCCAGACCUCAACAGCCAGUUGCUGUUUGUCUAACAUUAAUAGCAGCCAUAACAUUCCAAAUGCACAAUAUGCAAGUACUCUACUUCCCACUACCUCUUGUUCUAAAAAUGGAGUCUUGAAGCGAACUAAAUAUCAUCACACUUUAACAUCUCAUCCAAAAUAGAGGCACAGUUGGACUAAAGUGAUGAUAUGAAUAUUGCAUGUUGUGUUUUACAUACAUUUCAAGCCAAAACAAGUCUAUCUUACCUGAGUCUGCCUUAAGCUUGCUGCUGGCUAUUUUUUUUUAUUUUACUACUAUAUCUUAAAAAUGUUGGGGUAAAAUGUCUCUUUGCAUUUUUGUAUUGACGGAUUUAUUGUUCCUUUUAUACGUCUGUAUGUCAUUUUAAAUGUGUAUAAUAAAAUCUAUUAUGUGGCA